UAAUUACGUAGUUUUCACGUUUUAAUGUUGUGUUUCAAAGACAGUUUAUCGUCUUUUAACAGAUUCUGAAUUUAAGGAGUUGGUUUAAGUUUGAAGGUCUUCGCCGGAAAUACCUUUACGUGCUCUAAUGCUCUAAAAGAACUUUAUCUUCCUUCCCUGGAACCUACUCUAACGAUUUAAGUUUGUUUCUUGUUUUUAUUUAAGUGGUCCAUGGAAGUAAAAAGUGGCAUGGACGCAACAGUUGGUGACAACAUGCGGACACUCUUGGUUAAUGUGUGAAUCGUAAAGAAUCUUUCUUAUGGAUACCGCUGGUAGUGAUAACUGGCGGAGGCGCACGAGAAGCGCGCGACUCAGCUGCCGACAACAAUCCGGAGCACGAGCUAAGGAAUCCAGUGUGCUGCGGUGUCUGAGCGUGGGAAACACGGAAGAAGACCAUGCUAUGGAGGAGGACAGCGGCCCCUUUAAGCAGGACAAUUUGGAGCGGAGGGUCAUGGCGCCCCGCUAUAACUUGCUACGAGAGGUAGGAAGGGGCACAUACGGCGUCGUGUACGAAGCGGUGGCCCGGAGGUCCGGCGCUAAAGUUGCCGUAAAGAAGCUGCGAUGCGACGCUCCGGAGAACGUGGAGCUUGCCCUGCAGGAGUUCUGGGCGCUGGCAAGUCUAGAAAAACGGCAUAAAAACGUGGUUCACCUGGAGGAAUGUGUGCUGCAGCGGAAUGGCAUGGCCCAGAAAAUGAGUCAUGGAAACAAACUGUCCAAACAGUACCUGCGUCUGGUGGAGACUUCACUGAAAGGCGAGAGAGUGUUCAAUCCUCCAGAUGAGCCCUGUUACCUCUGGUUUGUCAUGGAGUUCUGCGAAGGUGGUGACCUCAACCGUUUCAUCCUGUCUCGACGACCUGAUCCACAAACCAAUAACAGCUUUAUGCUCCAGCUGACCAGCGCUGUUGCUUUUCUUCACGAGAAUAACAUUGUCCACAGAGACCUCAAACCUGACAACAUCCUUAUCUCAGAGAAGUCGGGGACUCCAGUCCUCAAGGUGGCUGACUUUGGCCUGAGUAAAGUCUGUGCUGGUUUAAGCAACACUGGAGAGAGCAAAGAGAGCGACGAUAAGACCAAAAACAUUAAUGUCAACAAGUUUUGGCUGUCGUCAGCAUGUGGCUCAGACUUCUAUAUGGCUCCUGAGGUAUGGGAGGGUCACUACACGGCCAAGGCUGAUAUAUUUGCCUUGGGGAUCAUAAUAUGGGCCAUGUUAGAAAGAAUUACUUUCAUUGACGCGGAAUCUAAGCGGGAGCUGCUGGGAACAUAUGUGAGACAAGGAGCAGACAUUGUGCCAGUAGGUGAGGCACUGCUAGAAAAUCCAAAGAUGGUACUGAACAUCCCACAGAAACGCAGGUCAUGCAUGCCAGACAGUGUGAGGAAGCUUCUUCAGGACAUGCUCGCUGUCAACCCUCAGGACCGUCCUGAUGCCUUUGAGCUGCAGAAUAGAGUGGAUCAGGUUAUGUGUGCUGCAUGAUCUUCGGAAAGAUUGUAUACAGACAUGUGUUGCCAACCUGUGCUGCUACACCUGUAAGGGGUCUCCAUGUAAGUCUGAAGACUGUGAAGCUAAAGGAGAAGCAAAGAAAUGCAGCCAUUCCUGCAGUUUAAAUGCUGAAAUACCUUUUUUUUUCUUUGCAAUGCGUGAGAACCUUGUAUUUUUUUGUAUGGAGUUUGGUUUAACUUUCAACAAUAAAAGUCUGGAAAGUUUUCCCUAAGAGGACAUGAGGCAGGGUCAAUGCAGCAGUCCUCUCUAUAUUGAACCUAAGAUGCAGCAUCAGUGCAAGGAAUACAUGUGUCUGACUCUGGAAACCAUGGACGUGCUCCAGCAAAUAUCUACGCACCACAUGUGAGAAAAUAGUGUCACUGCUUUUUUUUUCCAUUGUUGGGGCUCUCCAGGCUUCAGCUGGUUUACGUGUAGGUAAGCUACACUGAAGCUGUGGUUGAUUUUAACGAGUGGGUAAUUUGACAUGCUUGGAGCCUGAGACUUGGUUUACUCAUUUUACUGAGCAGCGUAGGAGGAGGAACUGAAAGUCGCUCCACUUACAACCGUUUGUGUUUUUGUGACGUGAAUGUAAGACAUUUUGCAGAACUAAAGCGUGUUAAAAGAACUUGAAAAUAAUGCUGAGUGUUUAUUUUAAUCCACUUUGACUUGAGCUAGAAACCAUGAGAUUUUGUCGUGUAAGCCGCACCUCAUGGACACACUGCACCUUUUAAUUUUAACUGGAAUUAAUUUCAUUUAAGCCUUGGUGCCUUGAAGUUGUAAGUCAGGUAAAUUUAAGCUCCGUACUAGCUGCUUUACAGUUAUUUUGAUAUCCAGAUACAUUAUUUAGGCCUCAUGAUGUUUUAUUUAAAGUGUUUUUGUGAAGGAGCGUCUGUAGUUCUAUAAGGCUCCCCAAAAUAUGCUUUACUAAAAUCUCUGAAGUUGGAAUGAGACUAUUAAAAAAAAGAAAACCCUAAAUAAUUUGUAGUGUAAUAGUGUAGCGCACCCCCCCCCCCCCCCCGCCUAUGAUCAAAAGUGUAAUGUGCGAAAUGGAGACUUGAAAGGGAGUUUUAGAUGUUUGCUCAUUUUCAAAUUUUCUUGUGAAACAGAGUCUGAGUGACAGAUGUGACCUGUUAACCCCAGAUGUGAGGCUGUUAACGUGUUCAUCUAAGCUGGGACCCUGUAAUAUAUUUUUUGUAAUUAACUACCUCAUGUUGCUGCACAUCUGACCUUGUUUCAUUGUCCCUAUUCACACAUUCCUCAGCUAGAUGGCACGCAUGGUGGAUGUGUGUGGGUUUCUGAUUAGCAUAGGAUUGUAACUGGACAGAGCAUCAUUAGCAUCUUUUACUGAUAUAUUGCGUAAUACAGAUGUUUACACCGGCUAAUGACUAAUAUACAUUUUUCGGAUAUGUGAAAGUAUAGUUGCUCAUGUGUAUUUCACGAAUGAGCUGUUGCUAACACACUUCAUUUAGUUUAGUUUUCUUGCGCUUCCUUCAUACACGCUCACUCCAACUUGUCCUUCAUUCACUUUUGAUGCAAGAACAUGGUCAUUGACUGAACUCUAAUGAUGAACACGUUACUUGUCACAUUCUAAUGCUCUCUGUUAUGAAAACAUGGCGUAUGAAAAUGUGUCUCCCUUGAUGAAUACCUUUGUCCUGUGCUUCUACUGUGGGCAGAAACUGUACUUGCCCCUUUAUUUUGACAAACCUUUCAGUCUUAGUACCUAUUGACUAAAGGUAUUUGCCUGAAUAGAAACAUUGUUUCAUGUUUGUUUGUUUUUGUGUUGACUGUACAUCAGAGAUCUGUUUCAAUAAAGGUUGGGGAUUCCUCUAA